UUAUGUGUAUGACUUUUAUAUAUGUUCAUAUACUAUUACGCACUUUAUAAAUAAUUCGCUAAGAUAUGUUAAGUUUUAGUAAAACAUUAAACAUACAUAUAGACAUAUAAUUUAUGACAGACAUUUACAAAGAACUUGCGUCAGCAUUAUAAAUUAUACUAAAAUACUAAAAUAAUAAAUAUUAAUCAAUUGUUGAUCAAAGAAAUCAUAAAGUAUUAUCAAAAUGUUAACACAAUUUGUAAAAGUAAGCUUCCAGAAUCAAUGCAAAAAGGUUUUUUUCGCGAGACAGACAGGUCUUUACAACUUACUCCUUCAAAGCAAUAGGAAAGCAUCAUCAAAAGAUAAAAUUGUAGAUGAUGACAAUUCAAACGAACCUAUUAAGUAUUCUACGUCAAAAGCAUCAACUUGGCUUGCCUCUCAAACGCGUCAUCCUUUACCUGAAAGACAUCCAUAUGAAUCUGAUGUUAUAACAAUUAGUCUAAUGAUUUUUAUGAUCUAUUUUUUUAUUUUAAGAGAAGAAAAUGACAUAGAUUUAUCUCUUAAUAAACCAUUAUUAGAACUUGUACCAAAGAUUGUAUCAGGGAUUGAUAAUGAAAAUGUAGUAUCCAAGAAAUUAUAACUAUAAAUAUUAUAGUAAUUAGUUUAUAUGUAA